AUGGUUAUUCAGGAUUUGAUGUCUCUUUACUCCACCCUUCAACUCGUCACUGGCGACUCAGGACAGGUAUUUUCUUACCCCAUUUACACCACCAAACCAUGUUUAGUUAACCUGGUUUGACAAAACGAAUAUCAAGCAAAGGAAACCGAAGGAUUGGCUUUUACCUAUAGGAUUCCUGCAAGAUUUAACUUGUGCUUUCAUUUAGGCUAAUUUUGUAAUCGACAAAAAGCAGUAAACAUCUUUUAUAAUGACAAAAAUUUACCAUUGUGAUAAAACUGAAUAGCUUUCAUGGUUAAUAAGGCUUUGGUGUUGAUGGACUGAAUGGGCCAUAUUCAGUCGACACUUGUCAGUGUCAUAUGAUUUCUUAGCUUUUAAGGAAAGCAAAUCAAGUACUAGUAAAAAUUUAGAUUCAGUUUUCUCUACUUUUUCGUUUCAAGCUGCACUGCAUGGCCUUAAGCAAGUUAUCCGUUUAUUUUAAAGAAUUUUGAAGACUGAUGUAAUCCAUCUGUAGUGCAUAAUCGGCCAGUCUUUUACUUCGGUGAACAAUUGUUAUUUAUUAUAAAGUCUUUAUAAUAAAUAACAAUUGUUCACCGAAGUGGAGGUGGCUAGUGCUAUAGAUUUACCGAGCUGCGAAUGCCCCAAUGGAAGUGCAAAUUGGUUAAAACUCUGUGAAUAAUGCCUGCUUUCUGUCCAUUAGAUUUUAUUUCUAUUUUCGGUCAAAUUGGCGCUAACUAGACUUGAAUGGCUAGUAAAGCCCCAUACGCACAAAGCUUAAAAAUGUUUAAAGGCUGUUUAGUUAAACACGGUUUAAAUUUGUUUUAAUUAAUUUCAACUGAGAAGGUGCUUACUGUACUUUCAUCGACUUCAAAUUUUGUGCAAUUAAUUAACGUGUUAAAAUCUACUUGAACUGGCUGUGUAAAAGCCUGCAGAGACUAGCUCUGUUCUAGUUUUCUGUUAAUUUUUUCAUUUUGCUAACCCUUGUAGUUUAACUAAACAUGUUUAGUUGUUGUAAAUGGCGCCACAUGGGAUUUCGCGUGAGGAACCAGCUCAAAAAAUUAAAUAAAUUUCGGAGGCCAUGACUGAACUGUGAUGCUAAUUUUUCAUUGCUCAUUUCGCUAUUUUGCUCUCUGGUAUGCAUUGAUACUCCUAUUAGCGAUCCAUUCUAAACAUAUUGAGAGCAAUACUAGCGUUUUGAUGUUGUUGUUUUUUUUAUCCUUUUAGCUAAAUUUUCAGAGUCGUGUGAUUCACUAUAAAGCUGAGGGUCGCCUACACAAGUUUGAGUGGGUGUAUGAUGCAACAGCUUGGGAUGUGGAAAGUGGAACCAGUGUUAAAGAUAAGCAUCAUCGUAGUACACAAGGAGCCAUUGAAAAUGCCGUCAAGAGACUGAUCGAAGAACUUAAGGCCAGAAAAAUUUUGUCUUAA